AUGAGCAGAAAGAACAAAAUAAAUAUAUAUAUCUUUUUAAGGAUAGUUUUUUUAUUAACGUUUUUAAUUUACAAGUUGGAAAAUUCUAAUAAUUACACAUUUAGAAAUUUCUGUAAUAACAAAGGUAAUUUAGGGGAAAGAAAGUACUUCAAAAAUUCAAGAUUAAUGAACGAAACAGAGCACAUUUACGUACAUCAGUAUACAGCAGUAAAAUCAGAGGAAAGUGACAAUAAUAAUACAUUAUACUGUAAAGGGAAAAAUGAGAGCUUUUUAAAAACACUUCUUGAGGAAUAUCAACAAGCAGACAAAGAAGACCAAUGUGCUGAUUUAUCAGAUAAAGGGGUUUUGUUAGACUUGAUGAAUAAAAUUCUUUUGAAAGAGAAACUAUUAAACCCGUCUUUUUCAAAUAUAAAGAGUGUAAAAUUUGUUCCAUAUAAAAAUUCUUAUAUGGAUGAUUUAGAAGGAAUAAACAGGAUUAAAGAUUUAUCUGAAAAAUCAAAGUUAUAUAGAAGCCCAUGUUUGCGUAUGAAAUAUAAAUUUUACAGAUGUUUUAGAAAAUUUUUUAGGAAAAUAAGAAAAAUUUUAAUAUUUUUGUAUAAAGUUAAUAAACAUGUCAUUAAAAAUAUUAGCAAAGGUUUAUAA